AUGUUAAGUGUAACAUCACCAUGGGCAUUGAUUCUUUCCCUCUUGACUGCAAUUGUCAGUAUUUCCUUUUAUAACCGUAACCUAUCUGCUCCGGACAUUGGGUCACCUCAUUGCGCAAGCUGGAACGCCUGGUACAACCCACUCCGAACAGGCCAGGCCGGAUAUCAAGACAAUGAUUGGAACAUACUCUACCACCUAGGCGGCAAUGGGCCUUGGAUAGAGAAAACUGACGGGCUUAAAACGCCGGGCCUUGAACCCCCAACGGGGUGCGUUAUUGACCAGGUGCAUAUGAUGUCUCGCCAUGGGGAAAGAUACCCGACCAAAUCUGCUGGGAGUCGUCACCUUGCACUUCUGGAUCGAAUAAAAGAAGCAAAUGUGGUUCUUAAUGGUUCACUAUCGUUCUUGAACGACUGGGCAUAUUUUACCGAUGAGCCGCAGACAGACUUUGACCAGUUGACCAGAACUAGUCCGUAUGCUGGUACACUUCAGGCUUUCUCAACAGGCGUUCGCUUCUUAACGCGAUACGGACAUUUGUUACCACGCCAGGGGACGACAAGGCUGUGGGCAAGUGAGUGUGACCGCGUGAUUGAAACAGCCCAGCAUUUCACGUCUGGACUUUUCGGUCUGGAUUGGGAAAAGACUGAAAAGGCUACGUUGGAGAUCAUCCCUGAAACAUUCGAGCGAGGCGCUGACACUCUGACUCCGGGCGAUACAUGCCUAAAAUACAUUGAAGACCCUGCGAAAGGCCAUGACAACGGUGUCAAUAUGCUGGCUCUUUUCCAGGACGUGUACAUUCCGGCCAUUGCUGAGCGACUGAUAAAUGACGAGCAAAAUCCGGCACUCGGGUACUUAACCAAUCUGGAGGUCUACAGUAUGCAGGAGAUGUGCGGAUUCGAGACGAUCGCUCGCGGAUCAAGUCCUUGGUGCGAUAUAUUUACUCAUGAUGAUUGGGAGAAUUUCGAAUACGCCCGUGAUCUAAUUCACUACUACCGUGCUGGUCCAGGCAACCAGUACGCUGGGGCGAUGGGCUGGCUCUGGCUCAAUGCUACGACUACUCUUUUACGAUCUGGGCCGGACGCUGGUACUAUGUUCUUCAGUUUCGUCCAUGAUGGGGAUAUCGCCCCCUUCCUCACAGCACUGGAUAUCAUGAGAGACCCGAAGUAUGAUCCGUUCUUACCGACUACACAUAGAGUGGCAGACCGCGUCUGGCGUACCUCGUCCGUGCUGCCAAUGGGCGGAAGAAUCGUUCUUGAGCGGUUGACUUGUCAAACCUCAUCGGCGGAGAACUCCAGUGGCGAAGAGGCCUUUCUUCGGGUUAACAUAAAUGACAAAAUUGUGCCCCUGCCGUACUGCAAAUCUGGGCCUGGGCUGUCGUGUCCGUUGAAGGGGUUUGUUAAUCAUGUAGAAGGACGAAGAUCGGAUGUGGGAGAUUUUGGAGAGGUGUGCGGACUAGGAAACGAUGCUGGAUAUAUAACAUUCUUACGACAGGACUAA